ACUGAGGUAUUCAAUGGCUUCAAGGCGGCGGGCAAUGGUGUACCGUUCUUAAACUGUUCUUUUAAUUUCUCAUCAAAAAGGACACUUUAAACGACUACAGACACUGAACAAGAUAUACGAAUUACGAGGGUUGGCAAUGGACAGAAAAGAUGAUUCCAGGUCUCCAUGCUGCGCAGUAUGGCUCCGUUACGGAUCGGCCAUCAUGUCUCUCCAUUGGCGUUAGCAACUCUGAGCGAGAACCCAGAGGAUAAUUACAACUACAAUUCUCAUAUGAUGAAAGACUUGGACAACUCUUCAAUAGACUCAACUACACCAAUGGCGACCAGCAUUGACGAUCACACAUCUUCUGAAUAUUCCUAUUCAGGAUCAAACUUAGAUGAAAUGAAAGGAGCGCGUGACGUCACCCACACGUUGCACGCGGUAUCACGUCACGGUAGUUCACAUAGACGACGGGGUAGCGCCGUGGACGUUCUAAUGACCCCUGAACCUCCCGAACCAUUCGAAGUUCACCUAGCGAAAGGUGACUUUAAGCAUCGUCGGUUUUCCCUUGGACAAUGUUAUAAUCAAUUUAUUGAGCAUUCUCUUAACCCGAAAGUAGUAACAAAUAUACCCAAAAACACCAGUGACAGGUAUCUUGUGAUGGGAAUUUCCCCUCCACCGGGGGUUUCCGGAACAUUCAAGGAAACCAUUGCAGAUCUGACGUCAAAGGAACCCGAGCAUCUCGGUAGCAGUGUCAACCAAUCAGCAGUUACUUUACAGAAAUAUAUCGAAACAUUUGAUCAGCCACAAAAGGAUGACGACAGUUCCUCGUCGUCCGACAGAGGCGAGUACGGCUCACGCUUCCCGACCAUUACGUCACCCGUUCAGGUGCCCCGGAGGAAAAGUUCUCGAUUGUCGGCAGAAAGUCGUCUGCUUUCCCGCUCGCACUCACCGCCUUUAUCUCGAGACCAGAGACACAGCGCAGAUCACGCGGAACAAAUGUCAAGGGAGAGGUCUUUCUCUCACGGUGCGCGGAAUGAAUUGCGCAGGAAUUCUCUACUGCCCAGGAUCGAGACCGACGGACAAAAACCAUCGGGCAACGAAAAGAAGAAAAAUUUCAUCGCAGAAAAUAAAAAGAAAUUAGCCGAAGUUUCUGCUAAAAAUAGGAGAAGGUCUGUUGAAAUGAUUGAUGCCUCACAGUCACCGCUGGGCAGUUCAGAAAAGCUGCACAGCGCCAGCAGACGACUCCGCGGAGAGGACGGGAUGUUAAGCCCACGAGCGGGAACCUCUUCUCAAAAGCGUUUUAGCAGCGUUGGGCUGACGCGUGCCGAUGAAGCGAACCGCCCGCCAUCUAGAGACGGCCAGCGACCGAGAGCGAAAAGUUUCAGCCACUACAUUGAGAGAACGCGAAAACUCAAGAUCGCAGACGAAGAUCUAAGUUCAAGCAGCUCUUCCAGCGGGUCCUCCGGAGAGGAUCAAGAUGAGGAAUCGCGCCCGCGUUCCAGCAGUUUCUCUUCCGCAAAUCACAGCGUUCACUUCGGCGAGGCUGUGCAGGAGGAGGCGGCCGAGCACCACGAGCCUCUUCCCCUGGCGCUCUAUCCCAAACACUCCAUCCUGAAGGUGAAGGAACACCAUUAUAACGACGAAAUGGCGCCCGUUUGUUAUUUCGUCACUCACCANCCAUUGAGUGAGUAUAAGAAACAGAUAUCAUUUUAG